AUGGAGCAGGAUGUUCCGGAAAAUAUUCUCAAGACAAUCUGGGAGAAACUUAGGAAGGGGGACAUUAUUCUGCCACCGAAUUUCCCUCUGAUUCCCUCGAAUUCCUCAGCUGCCAAGGCAAUACGAUUUGCAUUGAUCUUGGCUGUUCUGUUCAGGGAGAUAAAUCAACGGAUUUUCCAACCGAGCUACUUUCUGUCGGAGACCAAUAACCUUCGUGAAACUCUCGAACAUCUUGCAGUUAGUAAUGGCGAGAAGGAAGCGUUUUGCCGUCGCGUGCUUCUCUCGAUCGAUUCGGAUGCUGAGCAUAACGCUCUUGAAUCGGAGAUUGGAGCUAUAGCCCAGAAGAUGCUCUCUUAUGCAGGCAGAAUUUUUUCCGAGUCGCAGCAAGAGCUAUUUUGUACUAAGAUUAGACAAAUAGUUCAGACCGCCGCCGAAGCUUGGCUUCCAAUCCAGCGAUCACGACGGAAAUUUGAGACGGACUUCGACGAAUCUUUUGAUCCCGAUGACAGCGAAUGGGAUCGUUUCCCUUUCGCUGGUGAAAAUACAACACCGGCGGCACAGGACCUUCAAGGCCUUUAUAUUCUCAAUAUCUUCCCAUGCAUCUCCUCGUUGGAAGAUGACGACUAUGACCCCUUGACCAAGAUAAUCCAACUCCGUAGCUCUCAGGCAUUGUAUCUAGCGGCACAGGGGGAAGCUGCCCAAAUAGCAAGCUGUGUCUCCGCCAGGAGGUCUUCGAAUCGUCCCAGGAGGCAAUCGACUGCAGGCUCGAAUGGGAAUCAUUUUUUAGGUGGAAGUUCGGCCAAGGUCUGA